UUUAUUUUAUAAAAUGUAAAAAUGUUUCCAAUAUGUAAAUUUGUCUCCAACUUUGUAAAAGUCUUUUGUAAAUUUGUUUUGUCCUUCAGGGCCACCGUAUGUGACUGACAUUCAGCAUACAGAAUAAUUAUGAAUUUGUAAAAAAAGCAACGAUUUCAGACAAUGGAUGACACUUGAGUGGAGGAGGCAAUCUGUAAAAAGUGUUUAUACUUAUAUUUUUUAUCAUUAUUGCAAUGAAAUCCUUCCAAAAAAAAUGAGCUGCCUCUAUUGUCUUCUGUGCUGCCUCCUGUAUGACUGCACUGAGCAUGCGCAGUGCACUGUAUUUGCUUCUGGUUCUGGUUGUCACAUGACGGGAACAAAGUCUGGCUCCGGAUGGCAAAACCCCGUUUCAACCCAGAAUUUACCAAUGACAGUGUUAUUAAGCUGACAUGACAGGCUGAGCUUGUAAGAACCAUGUCGCUCCAAGCUCCUCGCACGUCAGUGUUCACCUUCCAGUCUGCGGUGCACAGUGCUCACGUUCUCCAGUGUCUGAAUGAGCAGAGGCAGCUGGAUGUCCUGUGUGACGUGACCGUGGUGGUGGGAAACAGGAGUUUUCGGGCCCACUGCGCCAUCUUGGCUUCCUGCAGUGAUUACUUUCACAGCAGGGUUACCAAUGUCACCAGACAAAACCCGAUCAUCACCUUGCCUGAUGAGGUGACUGCUGAGGGGUUUGAACCUUUGCUUCAGUUUGCAUACACAUCAAAGCUGCCCUUCACCAAAGAAAACAUUCAUGCCAUUCACAGCAGUGCAGAGUUUUUAGGAUUUCAUAACUUGGAGUCUGCGUGCUUUGAUUUCCUCAUCCCUAAGUUUUCUGAAGGCAAAAGAUCCUCUCAGGAGGUCAGGCGCAGAGCUUGUUGUCAAAGCCGGGAUCCCGGUGCCAGCUUCGGCUCCAGUGUAAAAAGCAGCCAACCAAACUCAUUUGAGUCUCACAGCCCGGUGCCUUCAAGGGGUGAUGAGCAAGAAAACUUCCCAUCAGAGUGUCCUCAAAGCGCACAGGGUCAGACGAACAGCAGGGAGGAACACUUCUGCUUGGAGAACUGUGGGCCACAAAUGCCCCCCUUAUCUCUGGACUUAACAACAAAUGGUGUCUGCCCCCUGCUGUCUUUGCCGUGCCCGGACUCUGACAAAGCAGAUCCUUCCUCUCAGUUUUGCGAAAGAGAUAUUCUAGAGAUCGAAGAUGUUUGCGAUGAAGGUGAAUUAAGUUUGGCCGACUGUGACUUACCCUGUGACCUGUCCGCCCCAGGGGAUGUGAAUCCAGCAGAACUUGUUGAGGUGGCGAGCAGCGAUGUUAAACAAGCUGUUGAAACUCUUGUUGCUGAAACCAACUGUCAUAGCGGUUCCUGUCCCCUCAGCACAUCAGAAGUGAAAAGCUACAGCAGUGAGUCAUUAAAGCAGAGUGAGGCUGGCCUUAAACAGAGCCUGGCAGGUGAUCUCUCAGAUGCUUCGCUAACUGCUCUGAGCCAGGAGGAGGGGUUCGGGGAGAGGAGCAGCGUAGAAAGGGAGGUUGCUGAACAUCUGGCAAAGGGAUUUUGGUCGGACCUGUGCCCAUCUCACACUCAACCAAUCCCCCUCGAUCCCAUGGACCAAAACAAUCUGGCAAAAGCAUCAGACUUUCACUGGCUUAAGCAGCUGGACCUGAGCUCCAGUGUAGGAGACUGUCCUUUUCUGAGGGACCUUGCGAAAGGCGAUGAAUCACCUCAACGCACUGACAACCUGUCCCAGUCGGAGAAAAGCCCCUAUAUGUCUUCCUCGCUCAACUCUGGGGAUGACUCAGACCUGGACACAGAUGGAGAUACUGAGGCCAACAACAAAAGAGCAGCAGAGAUUCAGCUUCCAUUCCCAGUGGAGCAGAUCUCAGCGUUGAGCCGGAGUGCCUUCCAGCAGCUUCUGAAACACCACAACCUGACCCCGGAGCAGCUGGAGUUUGUUCAUGAUAUCCGUCGAAGAAGUAAAAACCGCGUGGCUGCACAGCGCUGCAGGAAGAGGAAACUUGACAGCAUACAUCAGCUAGAAUAUGAAAUCAAAAGAUUAAAAAAUCAGAAAGAGCGGCUGCUGCAGGAGCGCACUGAGCUGAAACAAAACCUCGAGGACACACGGCAGAGUCUGUGUGGGUUAUGUAAGAGCGUCAGCAUCGAGUCUGGCUCUGAUCAGGAGCACUUGCAGAUUCUUGCAAAGCUCUCCUCACCAGACCUACCCAUCUCCUCACCAGACUUGCCCGUCUCCUCCCCUUGCUUUGCGGGUAAAGACGACAGGUCCCAGAUCACUAUUGAAAUGGUAAGUUGUUCUUCAGAGUGCGACACAAACAAGCUGCCUGCAGAGUCUGUGCAAACUGCUGCAUCAGAGGCUGGCACACAGACAGGUCCUCCACAGAGCUCCCCUGAUCCUGCACCUCUACUAGAUGGUCUGGACAUGAACAACAUCUUAUAAUUGGACUCAAAUUCCUUUGACGUCUUAAUCAUCUUGGAACAGGAGUGGACUUAAAGUAUAUACUGUAAUCCUAUUUUGGGAUAGAUACACUUUUCUUUGUGUUUUAAUGAUUUUCUGACUGAUACAGUAAUGUGAAAAAGAAAGGAUAUCUCAUGACAGCUGCUGCUAAUCCAACAUAUCCAUUUAAAACAUAGAGAUUAUGGUAAUCUAACUAAGAACUGAUCAAAUCCAUUCAAAUGAUUUGAGACAUUAAAAAAACUUAAAUAGAUUAAAAAUAUUUCUUUGUGAGGAAACAGGACAAAUUCUCAUUUAUCCAUGCUUCUAAGCUUCAGUUUUAAAAUCAGGUUCAACACACCUGAGGCAAACUCCAGGAACACUAUCAAAGACAAUUUUGGAGGGCGUCUGUUCUUGAUUGUUAAAGUGAGUGGUUUCCCUGUGGCGUGAUUAAAAGAGCUCCUCAGAAAGAACACUAGUUUGAUAUGUAUGAAUCUGGGAAGGGAUUUUAAAAAGAUAUCCAAAUGAUUAGAAGUCUGCUGCUGUUUCCCUGCCCUGAAAAUAAGGUCAAGUCAAGCCAAUCUGUCUAAGGAGCAGACUGUAAAUGCUUUAGAGAAGUCUCCAUCAUUCCUCAGAUAUCAUCUCUGGACCUAAAGUUUGCUCUUGCUCCAGUUUAAUCUGAAGUUCAUGCAGCUACCAUGAGAAGUAUAAUGAAAGCUGUGCAAGAAGGAAGCAAACAGAUAGGCUAAAGUCUGUCAUUGGAUACCAUGAUGAAAACCUUGAACAAUGUGCCUUGGACAAAUCAUUAGAUGUUGAAUUAUUUUGCCAAAGUAAUUUAAGACAAAAUUUUCAAAACUAAACACAGAAUUGAUCAUAAGAACCUCGCACCAACUGUAAAGCAUGGAGGGGCAAAAUGUUAGCUGCAGCAGGCCCUGGCCAGCUUGUUACCAUAGAGUCUACUUAAACGUCCUCUGUUUGUUAAAGGGUGUGGAUGUGAACCAUGCAACUAAUAAUGACCCAAAACAUUCCUGUAAGUCCAACCAGCAACAGCGUUUGCAGAUUCAAGGUUCUGGACCCAGGCAAACAGGAAGUGUCUCAAAGUAAAGAAAUAGAGAGUGCUUAAAUGUUCAUGUCAAAGCCCAGAUCUCAAUCCUAUUAAGAUGCUGAUUGGUGAUUUAAAGCAGGCUGUUCUUCACAAAAGCACAGCUGAAAGAAGAGUGGGAAAAACUUUCUCUCAGUAUAAUCCAGAGAAAUCACCAAUUCUAGAGGCCGUCUGAUCAGGAUUGUUUAGCAAUUAGAGGCAAUACCAGCCAGUAUUAAAGCACAGGGUGCUCCAACUUUCUCCUCACUGUGAAAUACCUUCUGUAUUCCUUUUUUAUUGUUUUUCAUAAUUCACAUAACAUGUAUCUGUUGACAUUUCUUAAAAUAAGAUCAAAUGUCCAUAUCCUUCAAGGAGGAACACAUUUUAUGAGAUAUCCUAUUUUUUUCACGUGAAUAUUGAUAUCUUAAAUUGCUGUGUAUUUCUAAUUUGCAUUUCACUGAAGCUAACACAGAAUCCAGUAUUAUAAUUCUCACUUCUAAACGUGCAGACAAAUUUCAGGUAAUUUUCAAUUGUUACAUUUUAUAUAUAACACGAUGUAUCUUAAAACCGGAUUUUUUUUUUUUACUCAGGGAAACUCAUAACCUGGCUGUGUUGAUGCCUGAAAUAAUUCUUGCUGUGCACACACCCUAACCUCUGCUCCCUAUGCACAUAUACACUUACAGUUAUGAAAAUAUCUUUGAUUUUGUCAAGCUUUUUACUCUUGACACAUACCGUCACUUUGCUCUUUCUUUUGUUAAAUAUGCACGGCACUAACAGUACUCUCUACAGAAGAUUGCAACAAAUUAUUACAGCUAACAUUAAUCCUCAACAGCAUUAUGUAAUGCCAGUGCAUAGUUUGAAUGAAUAACUGUUAGCAACCUCAGAUACCUGAGGAAUGGCUCUAGAGUUCCUAGAAGUGUUACAGGGGAACAUCAUUUGAUGCAAACGUGCCUUAUGCAGUAAUAUAGUAUGAUGCAUUCAAUCUUUGUAUGUUGUUGUCUCCAGCACUAUUGCACAUUAACCUAGAACCCAUAAUGAGGGCAUUUCCAUAAGUUUAGAUCUGUCUUUGUGUUGAGGAUUUUUUUUUGUUUGUUAAAUGCUGUCAUAUCUAACAAAUUUAAAUAAACAAUGUUUUGUUACCA